AUGCCCGCAGCUGCAGCGCCGAUGAGGCGACUGGACUUCCCAGAGAAGCUCAUCCAGUCCGGGAAAGGCCAGACAGCUCAGGCACUUUUGAAGCGUAUGAAGACACUGCAUCUGAAGCUGAAAGAACUGGAGCAGGAUCUGACCGAGGUCAAGUCACUGGACCCCGUACGGGCGCCGUUGAUCAAUAAGGUGAUCAUGCACCAUCCCGAUCGAGGAGUCAAAGCGUACGCUGCUUGCUGCCUGGCCGAUUUGCUUCGACUAUACGCUCCAAAUGCCCCCUUCACAGCGGAAGAGCUCAGAGAUAUCUUCCAGUUCAUGGCCGCUCAAAUCACUCUCAACCUCAAAGCUCCUCCCGCCCCCACCCGGACUGCCUCUUCAAAGGGCCGGUCUACCACCGACUCCCAAACUGCCCCGGCUGCAAGCCAGCGGAUAACGGACGUCCCGUACUAUGCGGAAUACUAUCACCUGCUCGAGAACCUGGCGACGAUCAAGUCGGUGGUGCUGUGUCUGGACGUGCCAGACUGGGAAGGGAUCAUGACUAGCUUCUUUGAGGGAUUUGUAGAGAUCGUCCGAAACGAUAUGAGCAAGAGUCUUAUAAGACAUAUGAGGGAUAUCAUGAUUGAGCUGCUGGAGGAGAGCUCGGCAGUGCCUCAGGGUGUGAUGGACUGCAUCAUCACCCAGUUCGAAUCUCGUAAAGAGGGCGACAACACCCCCGCCUUCCAGCUCAUCCAAGACGUCUGUAACAAGUCGCACAACCGCCUCCUCCGGUCCAUCUACGCCCACUUCUCCGAGAUUCAGCACGCACACGGCCGGUCCGGCGAAGCGACCGCUGCGGACUUUGACAUCCUUGCCGACUCGCACAAACUCAUGAUCACCAUGUACCGCUACUCUCCUGAUCUCCUCAUCAACGUCAUCCCGCUCCUCGAGGAGAAUCUCAAGGUGGAGGGCGAAGUGCAGCUCCGGCAGCUGUCGACAAAGACGCUGGGGACGAUGUUUGGGAUGCGGCCGAGUGUGAGCGGCGGGGUGGGAGAUUUGGCCAAGACGGCGACGGGGGCGUGGAGGUCUUGGGUGGGCAGGAAGGUGGAUAAGGCGCUGCCUGUGAGAUUGGCUUGGGUGGAGGCGGCAGGGUUGAUAUUGGCGAAUCAGCCGGAUCUGAGAGGACAGAUGGAGGUUGAGUUGACGGACCGGAUACAAGAUGCGGAUGAGAAGGUCCGGGCUUCGAUCUGCCGCUCAAUAGGUCGGCUGGACUACGAGACGGCUCUGCAUCAUCUCAAGCUACAGACGCUGCAGGCGGUAGGCGGGCGAAUGAGCGAUAAGAAGGCUAGCGUCCGAUCUGAAGCAGCGACCACUCUUGCCAAUCUGUGGAGACAGGCGUUCUCAGCAAUUGAACAAGAUGACUCCCUCGCCAUCUCGCAAUUCGCCUGGAUCCCCUCCGCGCUCCUCACCUCCCUAAUGCACCGAGACGUCACACCCGAUACCCGGUCCCAGACGACCUCAACCUUCAAGUCGCUCAUCCUCCCACUACCUACCGUUGACGCUAUCGAUGAGCAGGUCUGGGUAGAUCGGCUCUUGCUCGUCUGUAUCCACCUAGAUGACGGAGGCAUGAAAGCCUUGGAGAGGUUAUCCGGAUUGAAGGGGUUCAGGCAGGGAAAUCUGCCAUAUAAGGCGUAUGUGCAAACCUGCGAAGAGAACAAUGGAGGUAUCAUUGAUGGGGAUGAGAAGGCCGUCAAGACCAAGCUGGACUUUAUCAUCAAUGCUAUCGCUCAGCAAACGUUUGGGGAUGUCAAUCGUGCCAAGAAGGACCUGCACUCGUUCGCUGCGACAAACGACCCCAGACUGUACAAGCUGUACAAGGCAUGCGUGGACGUCCAGUCUGAUCUCAAGACCCUCAUCAAAGCCAAGAAUGAGCUCCUCCGUAAGAUCGAGCAAUCCCACGCCGACAUCCUCGACACCUUCACCACCCUCAUCGAUAUCGCCUCUUGGAAUCUCAUCAACCACAGCUCCAUCCCUCCUCUCAUCAAACGUCUACAACGGCCCGAAGGCUCGUCCGCGGACCAGACAGAAAGGUUGACGACGAUAGCGUACCGGCUGCUCGGGCUGCUCGCGAAGGAAUGUCCACCGAUGUACAAGUCGCACGUCACCGAGCUGGUCAUUGUCAUGGGGGACAAGAAGAAUGAGCGGUUGGCGGAGGUGGCGUUGAAGGGGCUGGCGGCGGUAUGUAGGGCUGAUCCGGAGGCUGUGCCUGAGGAUGGACGAGCUCUCGAGAAGGCUAUGCAGAAGGCUGUGGAGGGUACGCCGAUGCAGGCAAAGUACGCAGCGCGCUUCAUUGCGUUCUCGAAGAAGACGCAGGCGCCGGGAGAGCUUCUUGAUGACAUCAUUCAGCUCUUCCCGGACUAUGAUGAAGACAAGCUCUUCACCUAUCUGCGUGUCCUUGUGGAGCUGGCGCUGUCCGCUCCUGCAGCAUUCGAGGAGCGGUCAGACGAUUUGAUGGACUUUGUGCUGAAGGAGGUUAUGUUCAAGGCGUCGCCCUCGAAUGAUGACGACUCGCAAGAUGAGUGGGUACAAGAGGAGGACCUGGAGAUUCUCGAUCGCGCCAAACUCCUCGGUCUUCGCAUUUGCACCCAUCGAGCUCUCGGUCUCGCCCGGCAUCCGGACGCCAUCAAGGCCGCCAAGCCGACGUUCGACUUGCUCGCUUCUGUCUUUACGAAUGAGGGUCAGGUCAAUGAGCAGACUGGAGAAGGUGGGAAGGCGAGACAUCACCUCAAGCUCCGGGCUGCGUUGUGUUCGCUCAAGCUGGCUCAUGCGAAGGGGUACGACAAGGCUAUGGAGUGGGACUUUUUCGAGUCGGUCGCUGCUACGCUGCAGGAAACCGUCUUCCAUGUUCGAAACCACUUCCUGCAAAAGCUGGCAGAGGUACUACCAUUACAACGUCUUUCGCCCAGAUGGGGUGUCUUACCUGUCUUAGUGGCAAAGGAUCCGGCUCACGAAAAUGUCCAAUUGGCUGCCAGUAUCAUGAGGACCGUUGUCCGUACGGCUGCUAGCUGUACAACAGAGGAACGGAUCGACCGUGUCGAGAUGCCCUUGGCGAGACUGCUGCUCAUCCUCUCACAUCAUCCAGACUUGGAGGAGGAGCGAACUCCUAUCAAGGAGAUUGCCAAAUUCGUCGAGUUCUUCGCGGACUGCGUCGCCACCCGAGAUAACAUCAGUCUGCUUUUCAGCAUCGCCGCCAAGCUCAAGACGGUCAAAGACCCCAUGCAGGAUGAUAGCUCGAAUCUCUACCGCAUGAGCGAGGUAGCUCAAAUUGUUCUUCAAAAUCGAGCCACCACGCACAAUUGGCCUCUUUCGUCCUACCCUGGACCCAUCCGUCUCCCCCGCGUUGGCUUCCACAACUUCCAUAGCAAUGCGGAGGCGGAAGCGAACUAUCGGACGACGUUCCUGAGUGCCGAUGCUCAGGACUGGUUGAAGGUGUCUGGGAGGAGGAGCGGUAACGUCGCUGGCCCAAGUCGUCGAGCUGUGGCAAGGGACAGCAAGUCGACAUCGCCCAAGAAGCGGUCUACGAAGCGGACGAAGAAGGCUCCGUCUAGCAAGAAGAAGAAGCGGUCUAGGAAGGGAGAGGAUAGUGAUGACGAAGAGGUGGACGAGGAGAGCGAGGAAGAUGACGAGGAGGGGACCACGGGAGCUGAGAGCGAGGCAGCGUCGGCUGUGGAAGAGGACGAGGAUGCUGGAGCGACAGCAGUAGAAGGAAGAGGAGGGAAGAGGGGUGCUAAAACGAAAGCCAAGAGGGCAGCUACCAAAAAGAAGGCGCCGGCAACGAAACGGCCAAAGAAGAAGCGGAAGUCGGGCUCGGACGACGAGGAGGAGAUGGAUGUGGACGUGGAUGAGGAGGGCAAAGCUGGGGAUUCGGAUCUGACGGAUCUGGAUGCGUGA